AUGCGUUGGAAACUGGACUAUUGUCGUUGCUAUUCAAAUUCGGGGAACCCUUACGCUUCUGCGAAGCCCAACGACCAUUUGCGACUCGCCGAAAUCCUGAUGGAUUCCGGCGGCGGUUUUUCCGGUGAGGCUUCAACUGUUUCUGGCUUGCCUCAGCUACAAGGCAGACGAUGGCGAGGGAGGGGGAGAGAGAUUUCCGGGAGAUUCGCUUGCCUGUCGCCGCGAUCGCUACUCCCCCGGUGUUGGACGGCUGCCUCCUGCUGGAAGCCGGAGCGAGGGAAGAUCUGCGAGGCAAAGAGAGAGGAUAUAGAGAGAGAAUCGAGGAGCGAGGGGAAAGAAGAUGCCAGUUCUUCGGUCAGUCGACUGAGUGGGGAGGUGAAGGGGCAGUCUGGAAUCGGUCAGGUCUCAGGACAAUGCAGGACGGGGGAUUUUUUCAACGUGGCUGUUGGGUUUGGUCUGUUUUAUCUUAUUGCUGCAAGUAAAAAUGAACUUAAUAAGAUGUUUGAGUUGCGGACUGAGAUGGAAACGCUUCUUCAAAAUGUUAAAGAGGAAUUCCAGAUUGGAAAUAGGGAUGAUCUUUGUGAGGCAGCCGAGUCAUAUGAGGUCCCUGCUUUCUCAACUACUGAUGCCCAAGAAAGUUUAUGCUCCAAUGGGCAUGUUUCACUCCAACAAGUUUCGUCAUUCAGAAAUCCAGCAGAUUCAGAAAAGACUGAGAUAUGCGAUCAAUGUCUGACUUGCACAAAAACUAGACAAGAAAAAAACAUGGAAGGGAUAGAUCAGCUCGAGUCUGAAUUUGAAGCUGAAUUGGAGCGUUUGGAACUCCAUUUGGAUACAGGAGAUGAAUAUGAAUACUCAAAGCAGCAAAGAGUUGAGGUGACUGUUGAGGAUGCUGCUCCUGAAAUAAGCCAGAGUGCCAGUUUUGCAGAAGUAGUUGACCCUCCCGAAACAGAGAACCCGGAAGACUCUGGAGUACCUCCCCUAGAACUUGAAAGGAGGCUGCAUGAACUACUAGAAUCCAGACAGCUAGAAAGGAUAAAAGAGCUGGAAGCUGCUUUAAAACAUUCCAAUCAAAAACUUCGUGAUAAAGAAAGAGAGGUUUGUUGGUGGAAAGACACUGCACAGAUUAUUUCGCAGCAUUUUCCAAGAGCCCCUCACUUGUCAACGUGUGAUCAAAGCUUGCCAAAAUCUUGAAAUGAUAGUUCCAAAACAUUAUCGGCAUGUUCCAGUCUUGAAUGCCGAUAAUGUUCUGUUCUUCGUUCUGAAAGUUCUAUAAACAAACACGCAAAAACGUGAAACUAAACAAGGCACAGCAGCCAGGCAGCUUGGUAAUUAGCACAAAGAGAACUCAUAGGCAAUAAUCUGAGUUCGAAAAGGGAUGUGCUUUUGAGAGAUUUUAACUUAGAAUGGAGGGGAAAUCUGAAGAUGGUGGUUAACAAACGAAAAAUGCUAAUAGAACUCUCUGGUCUGUUUCUCUGGAAAAUUAGAAUAUGUUGUCGUUUAAUUUUUUAUGAACAUAUUCGAGUUUGGACGUGCUUUUACUUUGUUACCACAAGGGUUGCUUUAUAUAUGAAGGCUGUUUCACAUUAUCCAAAACAGCUUUGCAUUGUUGAGAGACUAGAUUUAGGGAGCAGUUUUCAU